CACCACGUCCCUUCUGUGAACGGAUCAUGAAUUUUCUGCAGCUUUUUGGGCGAUUGAAGUCGGUUGUAAUUGGCAUGAUCCAUGUGAAAGCUCUGCCAGGAACACCAAGGAGUUCAUUGUCAUUGGCUCAGAUUACUGAAGAAGCCUGCCAGGAAGCUGAAAUUUACAGCGCUGCAGGACUUGAUGGCUUAAUUGUAGAGAACAUGCAUGACCUGCCGUAUGUAAUCAAUGUUGGUCCAGAAAUUACUGCAGCCAUGGCAGUCAUUUGUGCGAGGGUGAAACAAACGUGCCCUCUUCUUCCAGUUGGUGUUCAGAUUCUUUGUGCCUCAAAUCAACAGGCUGUAGCUGUUGCACUUGCUUCAGGUCUUGACUUUAUCCGAGCAGAAGGCUUUGUUUUUUCUCAUGUGGCAGACGAAGGGAUUUUAAAUGCCUGUGCUGGCGACUUGCUAAGAUACCGGAAGCAAAUUGGAGCAGAACACGUCCAGAUUUUUGCUGACAUAAAAAAGAAACACAGCGCUCAUGCUCUUACAGCUGAUGUCAGUGUCGCAGAGACCGCUAAGGCAGCUGAAUUCUUCAUGGCUGAUGGUGUGGUGUUGACUGGAAGUGCAACCGGAUUGGAGGCAGAUCCCAAGGAAUUAGAAGAAGUUGGACACGCUGUGAAGAUUCCAGUGCUGGUUGGAUCUGGAGUGACUCUGGAUAAUGUGCAGGACUACUUGGCUGCAAACGCUUUGAUCAUUGGUUCCUAUUUCAAGAAGGAAGGCUACUGGGCAAAUAGAAUUGAUUCAGAUCGUGUGAAGACAUUUAUGGAGCAUAUUCGUAAACUGAAAGAAUGAAAUGAAUUAACAGUGGCUGUAAGAGAAAUAUGGAGGUGGAUUACCCAGAGAGGGUGAUGGGCGCAUACAUCCUAUAAACUGUAUAUUGCCCAGUGAUGAUUAAAAAGCGCCUCAAGACCAUUAACAAAUUUGACAAGGAUCUAUUUAUCAGGUAAAUGGAUACUAUGUCUCCCUGUUGUCUUUUCACUGACACAAGCUUUUUCAUUCAGGUAACACUUUGGCAACUGACCUGGCUUGCUGUGAAAAGGGCUUAUAAUUUGGAGACACAAUGUUUUCUUUAUUGUUCUGUUUUAAAAACAUGUGCUAAAUUUGUUAUGCUUUAAUUCAAUCUAUGCUUUAAUUUUAGUCUGUGUAAUUGUAAGCAUUCUUGCAUUUUAUUCUUGGGAGAAAGGCAGGAUAUAAAUUGGAUUAAUACAUUGUUUAGCUUAAGAUUUCUAAAAUUACAUUUGUCUCUUCCCGUCCAAAAAUAGGUGGGGUCUGUACCUACUUAGCUUGAGGUCAUGAUCUGGAACCCAUGUUAGGACAUUUUAGCAGGGAUUUUGUGUUGUUUUAUACAUUGUGUUAUGUUUUACAUGCUGGCCAGAUUGCUCAGUGGGUCACUAUAAGUUAGAAUUAACUGGACAGC